AUGAACCAUAUCAACUUGGGGGACUAUGGAAAGGCCAAGGUGUACCUGUGGAAGACGGAGCGAACGAGUGAGGAGCUGUUCCAGGAGGUCUCCAACAAAGUGAGGAACCUAUACGGGCAGAUAAACUACGACGACCUGUUUCACCACCUGCACGGCUACAUUAACCAUAUAAACGCCAGUGACAAUGAGUUGUUCUUGCGUAGUGAACUCCCCUCACAGGGGUUUUCAAGGAGCAAGGAAGCGAACACAGAACACGCAGAGACAGAUCAUGCAGACAGAGAUGAUCACCACGAUGAGACGUUUUUUGAAAUUUUCAAAAACGCCAGUUAUGUUCGGAGGAAUGGAAGUCUCUCGAUUAGUUACAUCGAUCUGGGUGAGAAGUCCAUGCGGGUGGACAGAGUGAAUUUUUUCUCCAACGUGUUUAUAUCGAUUGGGGUUCAUGAGCUGCGCGAAGGAGGCAUACCAACGACAGAUGAUGCUAUUCCGUCCAGUUCCCCCCCUGAUGAGGACGCUGGGCUGCACCGCAUGAGGGAAAAGUUGGUGCAUCUGAUCAACACCUACAAUAAUAUUUUUUUUCGAAACAGCUGUGUGUUCGUACAACGGGUUCUAGUCAUCCCCUCUUCUGACAAGUACGACGAUUAUAUUAUGUCCCAAAUUAUGAGAAUAAAUGAGAGUUUCCUUUACGGAAAUGGACCUGGGGGAGGUACCGUCGGAGGGGACGUAGGUCGUGGCAACGGCGAUGGGUACACCAAGAACACUGCAGAGGUAGCCCCCUCAAAAGACAUAGUAACAGAUGUUCGGGAAAAAAAAAAAAAAAAAAAUCCAUAUGAGUAUAUGAAGGAAGGAAAUUUUCCCCUGUUGAAAAAUUCAGCAUACUACUUGGAAGAUAAACAAAGGAACCUCACAGGUGGGAAACCCCUCGAACGUGCAGUGACAUCAGAGAAUGUAGUCCCACGUAUUGGUAUCCGAGAGAAGGAAGAGGAGGACAAUGUAGUUGUUUCCACCCGCAAAGGAGCUGCUUCACACAAUGGGGUUUCACCGGUCAGCACGAAGGGGGACUCCACCACGUCGGCAGUGGCGGUUAUUCCGUCUGGCAGUGCAUCCGCCGUAGAGCCCUCCACUGCGGAAGGAGGUGGAGCACGCAGCAGCAGCGGGAAAAGCUACAAAGGAAAGAAAAAAUAUUCCACCAAUUUUUUAAGUAUUUUCCAAAAAGCGUCUGCGAAGGAGUACAAGUCGGUGAAUGUGCACUCGUCCAGUGAGGAGGGGGUGUCCUGCGAUGAGGGAAUUUUCGACAGUUGGAUCUGGGGCGGUGGCACGGGAGGAAACCACAGUGCACACGCCAACGGAAAUGUGGGUGAGAGUGACGAACAUAGGACGACAUUACAUGGAGAGAAGACAACUCUACACAGAACCAACACAAUGAUACACGGAGGGAGCAGUGCAACACACGAACCCAUUUCCUUCAUCUGCAAGAAUUACAGGAACUUUCGAAUCAUUGUCUUCCUCCCGUCAGUGAAAAAGCACUUUAACAUUCAGUAUAACAAAUUUUUCCAGGCAGUUCUUCUGAACGCCUUUUACAUUUUUGCGCUUUCUCUACAUAGUAUGAUGACUAAAGAGAGUGUGAGGAAGUAUAUGGAGGAGCUUAUGGAGAGCGCAAACUGCGAAUCGGUUCGGACUGCCAAGGUGGGAAGUGAAAGUGUGCUGGAUCGACGUAGGAGAAGGCACCUGGAGGGGGUCCUCCCCGGUGUAAGCAGAACGUUUGGGAAGGCUCAGAAGGGGGAGGAACAGGGGGAGACAGGUAUUACUGGCACGGAUGGAGUGAAUGGUACUGCUGGCCUGCAUCUGAAAAAGAGCCUAAGCAACAGGGACCUCUCCAGCAAGGCCAACCUUACCAGUCGUAAAAACAGCCACGAUAAUAACCUCUACGUAAAUAUAAAAAGGUACUACAACGAUGUGAAAUGGAGCAUCCUGAGCAAGACCAGUCAGAUGACAACGAAGGGGGGGGAGAUGGAGGCGGUACAAAUAGAUGCUGUUGCUGAUCUUGCGGGGGGGGAAGAGACAGAUGUAAUUCAUUCAGAGAGACGGGAUGGAGAUCCCAUCGGGGGGGAAGUGGUAUCUUUGGAAAGUGUGCAGGGGAGUGGAGGGGGUUCCCCCGAUCGACGUUCAGAUGGGGGUGACAAGGAAGAGGAAGACACAGAGAAGCAUCACCAUGCUGAGGACGAUUUACUGAGCGAAGACUACAAUGGUGAGCAGAGUGAGGACUACGAUGAGGAGGAAAGCGAUCAGUAUAAUGACGACUGUGGUGGUGGGCAUGAGGGUUUCCGUGAGGAGGAUUCCCAAAGUGUAGAUGCGAUCGAAGGAAGGGAAGAGGACACCACUUUCCCGGGUAAGGGAGAGCACCCCCAAGGAGAGGCCCCAAGGAAGAAGUCCAAACAGAGCGACAAGGGAAUGGUAAGAAACAAAGUAUACGAAAUGAGAAAGAAAGAAGGAGAUGUGUUUCUCCUUUUAGGAAGUCCCCUUGAUUCAUUGGAAAGCUAUUUGGAGUGCUACGAAAUGGUUAAAGAGGGAGGUAAUAAAGAUGACCUAUCCGAUGGGAAUAUCACCUUCUGUAUAGCGUUAAGCAUGUACCUGUAUGUUACACAAAACUGGGGUCACUUCUGUAGACUAAACAACAACGAAAAGUAUACCUUCCGUUUUGCAGAAGUAGUAGAAAAUAUGCUUGUUCAGACAUAUGAAAGGUUACUUCCGAGUAGGUAUACCAACUACGCGAACUUCUUCUUCGAUGCUUCUUCCUACAGUGGAUCCAUGAAGGAGAGAUCCUACCAUCCCUACCAUAAUAAUGCACAUUUUUCUCUGUACAGUUUCGACCAUACAAGUGAUUCCCCCUCGUCGGGGGUGGCUAAGAACAUAAGCUCUUUCAUUAACGUUCUGAAUGUUUAUGACAGGGGGGAGGAGGACGGGGAGGACUACCACUCUGGGGAUGAGUCCAGUGAGAAAGAUUUCUACUUUUUCAAUGUAACUAUUAAAGGACACAACACGUUGAUUUAUCUGAUUGGGUUUAUGGAACACAAGUUAAGUGAAUCCUUGUCUGCCAUGCGGAAUGCAUGUGUUGUCUCCCCUGGUGGGGAGUCAGACAGUACUACCCCUUUACUGCCUGCACAGGAACUCUUCGCAGAUUACCUCCUAUGCUAUCUGAAGUACCUCCUAGCUAUUAAAAAGAAGAGGCAUAUUUUUACAGCCAUGAGAAAAUACUCCUGCGUGACCGAACGGUUCAGUCACCAGCUGUAUGUCCGAUUCUAUGUCGAGCUAGCCAACAUUUACCAGCACAUCGGGGCAAGUCGAAAGUUUGCCUUCACCAUUUAUCUUCUUUGCACACGCUUCUUUGAACACAGGAGGUUCUACCUGACGUAUGUCUUUUUGAACAGUCUCCUCCCGUUUUAUGGCCUCCCCUGUGUGCAGGUCGACUUUGACGGGGGUACACCACCAGGGGUGCCUAGAUCGACCGGAUCAACGGGCAAAGAGGGACGGAGUGACCACCCGAACGAGUUACUAAAUAGAGUCUUCCCCAGAAAAAGGUGCAACGUGAAUUUCCCCAUGCGGUGGUUGAAGAAGGCGAGUGAAGUUCACCCCGGGGAGCCCCCCACGGGUGAGGGUAACGCGAACGUUGCUGGGGAGGAGCAUCAAAAGCAGAAGCAGAAUCCGAAUGAAGGAAUCAACACAGUGUUACCAAUCGGACGAAACAUAGCUGCAUUACUUGGAGGAGUUCAUAAAGAAGAGACGAACCAGGGGGGUGUUGUCCUACCAUCGCAAAACGAUCAACACAGUCACGUCCUAUUUAAGAGCGUGUUGGACGCAUCCAGCAACUACAACCUUAAACGGUUGUUAUGGUUCUGCUCGAGGGAAAUUAGCAUACGUAGUUUUUUCUGCCUGAACAAACAUGGAGAAAAGCUACAAAUGUACAAAAAAAAGAGGAAAGGACAAAACGGGAAAUUGCAGCAUGGGGUUCUGGCAUUACUUAGUGAAGUUCUUUCACGACUUAACUUGCUCAGUGAAUCCAUCGUUUGUAAUUUGCUUCUACUUUUUUUUCUGGCAAAAGUGCUAAGGAAAGAAGUACAGAGGUUAAUUCUGUGUAACAUUUAUGAGACGCUUAGGAAGAGUGAGAGACACAUUUGCUUCCCCCCUUUUGUUACGCUGGUCAUGGAUAAGAGAGAGAAACGGAGGAGCAGAUCAUACUUAAGGAGGUUGAGUCAGGGAGGGGACGUCUGCUUUGCCGGGGGGGUUCACACAAAAGGGGGGAAGAUGUACCAAGGGGGGUGUCCUUGUGGCACGCUUUCGUGGGACAGUUCCUCUUCUGGGAGUUCCUCUUCAGAAUUGGACUCGUCCAGCAGCGACGCCGAGGGGAGGAGCUACGAAGGUGGGGAGAGAAGUCACGAAGCGACGAAAAAUUCCCACCUGUUAGCCCUCCCCCAAAAGCAACCUAAAGAGGACAAGUCUAAAAGGAAAAAUAGCAACAGAGGGAAAAAUAACCCACAACGCAGGAAGCAGAUUCACUUCCUGUGCGGAAUGACAGAAGGAAGGUGUGCACCUUCCCCAGUGCUACUCAACAUCGAAUACAUUAAUGAGAAAAACAACUGUGAAAAAUUUUACAAGAAAGUAAGCUUCCCCCCGUCGGAAGGUAAAGGAAUGGAAGAACACGCUGGUGAAGAAAAAGACGUUUUCAAAUACAAUCCCUUUAACGAAGUGGAAAGGAACACAAAAAUACAGAACAUUUGUGAGCUGAACAGUGUUAACCAGGUGGAGGUAACUCUAAAAAAUACUCUCUCGACAAAUUUAGUUCUAAACAGUAUAAGGUUGAUUACCUCUGGAGUUCCUGUAGAGACUUACGCAUCCAAUGUGGUGUUUCUCAUGUCUAGGAAGAAGAAUCACACGACGAAGGUUCGCCUCUCCUUCAGGGCAAAAGAAACGGGUCUUUUAUUUCUCCUGGGGGUGUCCUACUGUAUCAGUUACCUCCACUUUGAUCAGUACCUUCUAUACGAUACGUCCGUUCUUAGGAAGUGUUUCAUGGGGGGUGCGUGUGGUAAAUUCAUCACGGGGGAAUCCUUCAUUUCGCCGCCACCCGGGGGAGAGAAUCACCCCAGUAGUACAAACUGUGCACAGAAAAAUUAUGAACAUGUUCAGGUGAAAAUGGGCGAAAAUGAAAGCAGGGAAGAAUACUGCGCCAUUGCGGGGACGGAAAAUAAUGGGAAGAGUGCCCACGGGGAGGAGGAAUCCCUUUGUUCUAAACACAAUAUUGGAAGUAUGAAUAGGACAGACGGAGCUGCACUGCUAAGCUACGCAUUGAAGAUGUCCAACACAUGCUCCGUCUUUGUGAUUAGGAAUUAUUUUUGCCUCAAUUCCGAAAUAAAGCUUUUUAACUUUAGCAGGUACGUGGACGUCCAGUCGAUGUUGCAUGAUGGAUCCGACCUGGACAGGUUCUGCAGGUCUUCCUCGGGGGCAUCUCAGGGCAUGCGGCGGGAUGACUCCUUGUGGAAAGUGGCUGACGAAGUGACCGGCGAAGUGGCCAUACAAUCUGGUGCGUCUCCACCGACUGGAGGAGCAACUCCUAAGAAGUCCUCCCUGUCUGUGUCCUCUUCGUCUGAAUCAUCCCCGGAGUUGGGCAACCAAUCAUGUGAUCCAAUUGCACGGUUAGCGCGUCGAUCAUGGAGCAGCUCGUCUGAUAUGGCUUCCUCCACGGAGAACACAAACCAAUCAAGCGACGAGGAAAAGACCAACCAUGGAAGCAUCAACCACGUGGACGAAACGUAUGACAACCAGUAUUUCUCCAUCGACGCAAGACACACAGAAUUACUCGAAGGAGAAACAAAAUUCUUGUGCCUCAUUUUAGAAAAUAAGAGUUCCCAUGUGGACAUUAACUACCUGAACGUGCAGGUAAAAUAUAAGCAUAAAAAUUUGGGAGAUUUUUUUUUAAAGUUUUUUUUUAAUCAAGCAUUUCAAAUGAAGCGUAACUGUGGAAAUGACCAAAAGGCAGACGUCAUUCGUAUCGGAAAAGGGGAACCAAUAACGGUUAGAAGGGAUCACUGUUUGUACAUCCCCAUUAGGUGCAUCGGCUCCAUUUUAAUUAACGAGUGUGACGUGCGUGUGAUCUACUCCAGCGAAAAAAGCAAUCCCUACUAUGCCGUCCAGAAGAUUAAGCUUCGCCUUAGUGUCAUCAGAAACGUGUCCGUUGAUCAGCUGUUUUGCUUCCCCUACGUCAGCUUUAACGUAACAGAUGUGCUAGACGAAAUGGUGAACUCGGAUUUCUACAGCGCCAGUGUAAUCAAUGCUUUGAGUCGAGUUAUGACUGAGGAGGAGGAUGAUUUAGCCGAGGGGCCGGAUGGGAAUACUAUCCAUGUGGGUAACCUCAGGGGGAGGAAGCUCAAGUGUACGGAAAUCAACAUGGAGAGCUAUUUCGAAGGCGGUGCAGAGGGGUAUACAAAUCGGCGCAGUGGGGAAGUGCCCCUGGAGAAGGGACCCGACCUUGGUGGGGCACCUCCACUUCGCAAACGGUUCUCCCCGAGGAAGGACCUCACCAUCUGCACGGACAACAAAUACAUGUUCGUAGAAUUGUUCAUCAGGAAUUUUAGCGGGUACGUGAACUACUGCUCUGCGAAGAAGGUGGGUAGGAGGCGGCCCACGUGCGUGGUGGAGACAGAUGACAACCCGAGUAAAUGGGUUCUAUGGGUUCAGAGAAUCAAGCGAAAGAAGAACCUCUCAUUUGCUACCCGAGAAGAUGCAGUCAAAUAUUUUUUAUUGUACAUAGAUGUGCACGUGUACCUCUCCUUCGACCGACACAAGAAGUCCGGACUUCUUAGUCUCUACAGCUCCUACCUUAACAAUGUCUACAUUUAUGGGAAUAAAGUAGGACGUUUCUUCCUCAAUUUUGAGAAGGAGGAGUUGCCUUCACGGGGGGGGGGCACACAUGAGCACAGCGUCUUCUCUAUGACGGAUGGAUCCAUCGGCGAGGUGAAGCAGGGCAGGAAAACGGCGCCCAAGCGGGAGACCCUGUUCUGCGCGCAUGCGGAAGUGAAACAAACAGAAGAAGUGUCAAGAGUGGAGGAUUGUUAUCCCCCAAGUUCUACAAUUGCAAAAAAAAAAAGCAGCGUGAUCAUCCCCAAGUGUUCCAAAGCGUUGAACUUCAAACACAUGAACGAAAUUGGGAUUAGGAAAAAUUAUUUUGAGUCGUCCGUUGGGGAGUUUUUCGUCAUUAAAAUAUUUUUGAAAAACUUAUCUCCCCUGAAUCUGGGGGAAUACACCCUGCUGGUUUAUCCCUCCAACUUCAGCUGUAUAAAGCUGAUUGGGAGCUUGAGUAGUAGUGGGUCCCUUAGCCAAACGUGGACAACGGACAACUGUAUGCCCAAAGGGGGGAAGAAGCCAAAACGAUUGAAAAAAAAAACACACCUCCUGCACUCCCUCAACGUGUACUCCCUAUUUCCGGGGAAGGUUUUAUUUUACGUCGCUGUGUAUUUUCAUGCAUACCACGCUUUGCUUUUCCACCACGAGCCGGUUCUGUUGCGUUACCGCCCCGCCCGGAUGGACUCCAUCGUGCUGCCCGGGGAAGCUCUCGGGAGCUCCGACCUAUACGUCAGCGGAGAAAACACGUACAUCUUGCAGAAGGAGGUGAGGUCCUCCAUCCUGGGGAGAAGGCAGCUCGUAACGGACAGCAAUGGAAAGCAAAUCAUUAGCGUAGCCAACACGAAGGAUUUCAUCCCGCUGCCCCAAGUAGGAGACUUGGUGACGUGUAAGGUCUAUCGAGUCACCUUCAACGUAAUCUAUUGCAACAUAAUUUUGCUGAACAAUAGAGCCAUAAAAAAUUCAUUCAGGGCAUUCAUUAACAAGAGCGAUAUCCAUGUGUACGAUGGAGAGUUGGGGGACAACUUUGAAUGCUUUAAACAGGGAGACAUAAUCAGGGCGAAGGUUCUUUCGGUAGGACAGCAUGGCUCGUACAAACUGUCUACCGUCGGGUCUGACUUGGGAGUCAUCUUGGCGCUCAGUGACAAGGGUCAAAUUAUGAAGCCCGUGGCCUGGAACCUGAUGGUCAACUUGAGCGACAUGAGCUUCGAGAAGAGGAAGGUCUCCAGGGACUUCUCCGUCCCGCUGUGA